AGCCAAUUCAGUUGCGUCGUUGAGUCCGAAGAGAAAACACCAUACGAUAGCCGAUAGCAGCCGCCCAAAAGCCGUGAAAGUGGUGCUUUGCCAUUCCGAGUAUAUUGAAAAGGAAACUGCAAUUUAUUGCAAAAUUAUAUGCACUUUUACUCAGUGCUGUCGCCGCCAGUCGCUGGACACUUGCUUUUUGCUUUUUGCAUAAUCCCGGAGCAAUGUACAAGCACACGGUCAAGUCUAAGUUGAGCCAGGUGCGCAGUAAUCCUCCACAGACUGCUGCCAAUGCCACGCCCACUGUGAACAAGCAUGGAUUAGGGGCUGGGAAGAAGUUCUUUUCGCAUAUAAGGCACAAAAUCGAGGAUAAUCUAACGCCCAAAUUGAGUGGAAAACUUUACUGCAAAGGGAGUAAGCACACGAGAUCCAUGAGUGCCCUCUGCACUUCGGUGGAUGGAGGAUGUGUGGGUGGGAAAUAUACACCCAAGGCGGUUCCUGUGAGUUGUCCAGUUCAGUUUCCGUUCCCCCAAAUGACCAGCAGCGUUUGCAGCUAUGUGGACAGCGAUGAGGAGAGCCAGAUGAGCCUGAGUCUCAGCUUGGCCCAGCAAUCGCUGGAGGAUGAGAUCUUCGCGGAGCUGGAGAAGGUGGCCCACGAUGAGAGCAAGCUGAACGAGGUGCUCCAGAGCUUCGAUCACAUACUGAAUGAGUAUCCGCCGUUGGAGGAAGUUAAGAUGGUGGCUCCUCCGGCGGAGUUUUGCGAUCGCCCGGCCAUGUUGGCCAAAUCACACAGCUCCCUGAGCAUCAGGAUGCAGCUGUAUCAGUCCCCGGAAUUGGCAGGAUCAGUGCUGUUGAGUAGAGGAGGCGAUUCUAGAUAUAAUUCGCUGAGUGAUUUGAAUGGCAGCAGGAUACCAGUGCGCAAACAGUCGAGUCUGCGCAAGCGCAGCGAAAGUUUUUGUCUAGAGCAACCGAUUAGUUUGAGAACUGCGGCCAGUAAGCAGAGAACUCGUUCUUUGUUAACCUUGAAUACCCAAGGACCAAGAGCAACUGCUGCAGUUAAUCCACCAGCAAUAGCCAUGCCGAAGCGAGCCAAUUCCAGUCUGGAGAAGCGACAAGUAACCAUCAACAGACCUGCGGCCAGGAGAGCCAAUUCCAGCCUGAAAGCCAAGCCAAAAUCCCAGAGCCAAAACCAAUCCAAUGCCCACAGCGAUGAGCUGCUGGUCAAGUGUUUGGCCAAGGGUCAGGAGAUCCUGCGUCAGGUGGAAAGCAUGAGUUCCAAACCCAAGAGAACCACAAUAAGCAGCAGUCGGGGAGUCACCAAGGAGCACUCGCAGCUGGUGAAGAACAAGAAGAAGCUACAGAAGCUGCACUACGCCAACGAGGAGAAGGUGGGACGACCCAAGCUGGAGUCCUGCAAGAUUAUACCCCCAAAACUAGGAGAAACCUCGGAUAAAAACCAGGAGCUGCUCGUAAAAGUAGUGCAGGAUGUUAAGAAGAGCUCCAAACCGCUGAAAAAACCCACCAAGGAGAUUCGAGCAGAGCAGGAGGAGGAGGAUUCGGAUGAUUCGGGACACAUAAGCAAUACACAGCUCUCCACAUCCUCCACCUCCACCAGCAAUUCCACCGGGAGUCUCUGCGAAUCCGAGGGAGACGAGGCAGAGGAGCUACCCACGGAGAUUAAGAGCUGCAGUAAAUCAAACAACAAAAUCGCUGAGCUGCUGCAGAAAUUCGAGGCAGUUGCGGCGGCUGGGAAACAGAGUGGAAGCACCACAACCUGCCCCACUGUGGUGGCCAGCAAGAUGGUGGCCCAGGUGCAGGCGGUGCGCUGCAUCCAGACCCAGGUGGAGAUCUAUCCCACCUACACGAAAGAGGUAACUAUGCGGCUGCACUGACUUGGCCUCCGGUUCCGCUUCCGAUUCCGCU